GGGCGUUCCAACUUUAUGACAUAGACAAUGAUGGUUAUAUAACGUACGAUGAAAUGUAUAAAAUUGUAGAUGCAAUAUAUAAAAUGGUCGGUAGUAUGGUGAAACUACCUCCAGAUGAAGAUACACCAGAGAAACGUGUCAAGAAAAUAUUUAGUUUGAUGGAUAAAAAUCAAGAUGGUAAACUCAGUAUAGAUGAAUUUAGAGAAGGUUCAAAGCAAGAUCCUACAAUAGUUCAAGCAUUAAGUUUGUACGAUGGGUUGGU